AUGUCCCACGCACACCACGAAGCACGAUGCUUCGUGCCUCCUCACCCCUCCCUGCUGGCGCGCACGAAACGGCUGCAAUUGCAAAACCCAAACGAUGCUGCUACUCUGGCAAGAGUCCAGACCGCCCUCCCCCGACAAUCUAGCCUGCUCGGUCGAGACGAUGGAGCCAUCUUUCCCAAAUCACAUUUCUCACCGCAAGCGUCCAUUAAGACGAUGGCUGCUGCAGCUCUUGAACGAGCACCGUUGCGUAACGCUAUCAGGAUCAUCGUCGUUGUAGUUGAAUUUCAGGACGUGAAGUGCCCUCCGGAGACAAUCGAUCGUACGAAGGAUCUCUGGUUUUCUACGAACAAGAUUCCCACUGGCUCCGUGACGGAUUUCUACUCGGAGGUGUCCAACAACGCUGUCUCCUUGACCGGUGAGGUUGUUGGGCCGUUCACGCUGAGAGAGAAGAUGUCCCAUUAUGCCAACGAUCAGUCUGGAAUGGGGUGGCCAGGCCCGAACUCGCAGACGAUGGCCGAUGAGGCUUUCCUGGCUGCGAAAGACCAGGUUGACUUCAAGCCGUAUGACAAUGAUGGCAAUGGCUACGUCGAUGCUUUUGUGGUCGUUCAUGCAGGACGCGCUGCAGAGGAAACCGGCCUCGGAAGUGACAUCUGGAGCGUCAAGUGGGUUCUCCCGGAGGAGCGGGAAGCAAAUGGCGUCAAAGUAUUUGGCUUCCUCACGGUACCGGCAGAUGCCAAGUGCGGCGUGUGUGCACAUGAGAUCGGCCAUCUGGUCUUCGGCUGGCCAGACUUAUAUGAUACCGACAGCUCAUCCGCUGGUAUUGGGAACUGGUGUCUGAUGGGCUCCGGCAGCUGGGGCGGUGGAGGCGACCGGCCUGUCCACCCUUCUGCAUGGUGCAAGUCAAAUCAGGGCUGGGUUGAGACUGUAGUGGAGACUAGUAACCGCCAGAUCACGCUUCGGGAUGUAAAGGACGGAUACAAGAUCCAUCGUCUCUGGACGAAUGGAGAUACCGACAGCAAAGAAUACUUCCUCGUUGAGAACCGACAGACUGUCAACAGCGACGAGUUCUUGCCUGGCAAAGGUUUACUCAUCUGGCACAUUGACGACCGCAUCGGAUCCAACACAGACGAGAACCAUCCUUGGAUCAAACUUAUGCAGGCUGAUGGCUUGGAUCAGUUGAAGCAGAACUUUGGCAGAGGAGACGAUGGCGAUGCCUAUCCAGGGUUCACAGACAACCGUAAGUUCGACAGGCUGUCGAAUCCCAACAGCAAGUCUUACCAAGGGACUGACACGCUCAUCUCUGUGACGAACAUACCAAUCUCACAGCCAAUAAUGACGUUUGACAUCACUGUCACGAAGAGCGAUCAGCCACAGGUGGACAAGUUCAACCCCAGAAUGUGGUACCGCCUGAAGAACACGUAUCAGCCAUCAACCCACUGCCUUGAUACCAUCAACGACAAUGAUGUCAACAGCAAGGGUCUGCUUCAGAUGGCAGUUGCCGGAUCCUUCUCUGGGCAGUACUGGCAAUUGAAAGCAAACGAGGAUGGGAGCUACUUCCUCCGCACCCUGUUUCUUGGCCCGGAUCGCCAGCUUGGCGUGAAGGACGAUAGGAUAACACCGAUUCUCCAAACUGCAAACCCGUCCGCUGUAUCCCAAUACUGGACGAUUGAGGCAUGGGAUGGUCCAGAGGAUGGAACAUGGCAUCUUGAGAACGCCUGGACCGAGCAGUCGCGAUAUCUAGAUACCAUGGAAGGUGGCCCGAGGGUCGAGAUGAACCAGGCAAACGAUGGGCGGCCGACUCAGAGGUGGACGAUUGAACCUAUCCGUGAGAUCACAGAGCCCGGCUUUUGAUCAAGGUAGUCAGCUGAGCGUUUGAAUUUCGUUCCCCGCUGUUGAGCGCCCCAAGUAUCAUGAAUCCACG